AUGCCAGCGCGAGCCCGCCGAACCGCCGAGCAGGUAAUCCUGCAACGUCACCGCCCGGAAUUGGCGACGGCCAUGCACGUCACUGUGUCCUUGGUGCCGGCGCAUCGCUCCUGCGCGGUCGGUCCGCAGGCGGUCAAAGGGAGCGCUACAGGGCAGCAAGGCAAAAGGGCAAAAUUUGGUCAGGCGCAUCUUACUUCUCCGGGGGGUGGCGUCGUUCCCAUCCUUCGCGGUCGUGGCCACACCGAGUCCGCGAUAUUGACCGCCGGGGCAGCAGGAUGGGCUUCGGUCCGUCGACGCCGGCCGGGACGGAGAGGCUCGGUCGGGAAGCAAAGCGACUUUUCGAAACCGCUGAAUGACGGUCUUGACGCCGAUGCGCGGAUCCAGCGCGCGAAGGCCCGGCGCAAAUGCUCGAUCGCGCGGGCGGCGACGUUGGUCCGAUCGGUCGAGCCGUCAGGCAGCGCUUCGCAGGCGCGGACCAGUUCGGCGCCGAUCGCCUUCGCAUCUUGGCGCGGGGCUGGUCGUGCAUGUCGACGCCGUCGACCAGCUCCUCGACCUGUUGCAGGACGUCGAGCGGGAAGGCGCCGCCGGCGUUCUGCGCGCGCAAAGCGGCUUCGGCGACUUCCUCCGGAUCAGGUGGGGGGCGUCGCGUUCGUAGCGGGCGGGCAGCGGCACGUCAUGGCGCAGGACAUGGGAGGCGAGCGCAGCGCCAGCGGCCAUUCCCGAUGUCGAUCGGCCAGACCAUGA